AUGGCUCCCAGGACAGGUGCUGGGGCUCCACUCACAUCUGGGCUCUGUUUGGGCGUUGAAUGCCAUGCUACCCAACUAACAGUACUUCUGACUCUCUUUGUCGGUGUGCUGGUGACUUGGCUUGAGGCUGCUAAACUCACUGUGGGCCUUCAGGCCCCCUGGAACAUUUCCCAUCCAUUCAGUGUGCAAAGGCUGGGUGUGGGCCUCUAGAUUGCCCUGGACAAGAUCAACUCCGAGCCCGCGGACCUUGGAAAGUUCAGCUGGGAGUUCACUUAUACCAACUCAGCCUCUGAGUCUGGUGCCAAGGAGUCUCUUGCUAUUUUUACCAACCAGGUCCAGAGAGAACAAAUUUCUGCCCUGUUUGGACCAGCAUGCCCAGAAGCAGCAGAGAUUAUUGGUUUGCUGGCCUCUGUGUGGAACAUCCCCAUGUUUGACUUUGUUGGACAAACAGCAAAACCGGAAAAUGACUUCUUGUAUGACACCUAUGUGAAACUCGUGCCCCCCAUGCACAAAAUUGGUGGUGUGCUCCAGAAAAGCCUCUGAUACCUGGGCUGGAAACACAUCGGGAUGCUGGGAGGUCACUCUAGGACUUCCUCCUGGGAUGGAGUGGAUGAGUUGUGGAGGGUUGCAGAGAAUGAACUCAAGUCCCAUUUCACCAUCACUGCCAGUGUGAGAUAUACCAACAAUGAUCGAGCCCUCCUCCAGGAGAAUCUUAGGAGCAUGUCAGCAACUACCAGGGUUAUCAUCUUAAUCUGCAGCUCAGAGGAUGCGCAAAUUAUUCUGCUGGCUGCAGAGAAGCUGGGACUCAACACAGGAGAAUUUGUCCUCAUUAUUUUGCAGCAGUUGGAGGACAGUUUUUGGAAGGAGGUAUUGACAAAUGGGAAGGUGAUGCACCUCCCCAAAGUCUAUGAGUCAGUGUUUCUCAUCGCUCUCAGCUCCCACGGAGAAGGCGCUGGAGGUGAAGGCUUCCAAACACAGCUCCAAAGGCUGAGGGGGCCGCCGUUCCACAGCGCCAUCCCCGCAGAGGAGCAGGUGAGCCCUUCCUCUACCUACCUUCACGACACCAUCCCGCUCUAUGCUCAGACCGUGAGGGAGAUGAUCCAGGCUGGAAGAGAUUUCCGGGAUGGGCGGCAGUUGGUCGGCACUCUGAAAGGUUCCAAUCAGACUGCACUGCAGGGAAUCACUGGCCCCGUGUUUUUGGACUCCCGGGGAGAAAGGUGCAAGGAUUACGCGGUCUAUGCCAUACAGAAAUCGGGAAACUGGUCCCUCUUCCUUCCCAUCCUUCAAUAUGACAGCUACCAGAAAGUGAUCAGACCCGUGAGGAAUUUCUCCAUUAUCACUUGGCCUCAUGGCUCCCUUCCUGAAGACAGACCUGGCUGUGGAUUUUACAAAGAGCUCUGUGAAGCUGAGCCGGCUUUUACAGGUCAGUCAACAAUAUGUCUCUGUCCUCCAAGUAUGACUGCUGGGAUCCUCACGAUGACCCUUCUUAUUACUGUCUUGGAAACUGUCAUCAUAGGUUUGAUUUUGAGGAUACAGAGGGGAAAACUGCGGGGGCAAAAUAAAGACAUUUGGUGGCAAAUCAAUUAUGAUGACAUCACCAUUCUGCCCCAGAACAAGCUGUCCCAGAGAAGCUCACCUGUGUCAAGAGUGAACAACAGUAAUUUGUCUAGUGUGAUGAUUUCUAGGAACUUCAGCUCCUUUGUCAAGAGCCAGCAUGGGGAAGAGCUCUUUUAUGCCCCAGUAGGCUUGCUCCAGGGAAACUAUGUGGCCAUCUGCCAUGUCGGUGACCAAGCAGAAGCCUGGGUCAGGAAGCUGUCUGUGCUGCAGGAAAUCUGGCAGCUCGCUGCAUCUGCUUUUACCAUCAGAGGGGCCCAAGCCAAUGACCUGGGAGUGGGUCCUGGUGAGGAAGCCCCUCAGUCUGACAUACAGCAGCAGGGCAGGGACCAGUCAUCAUCUGUCAAUCAACAGUCCAUCCAUCAACCAACAGACUCCUAUGGGCAAGACCCAGCCUGGGUGUUGGGUGUCCACUGGCACCUGCUCUGCUUCAUUUGCUCAUUUCCACUCUUCCAGGGCAGGCUGCUCCUCCACAGGAACCCGCUGGGGUCCCACGGCAAUCUGAAGCCUUCCAACUGCCUGGUGGACGCUCAGAUGCAGGUGAAGCUGUCGGGAUUCGGGCUGUGGGAACUCAAGUACGGCCGGACAUGUAGAACAUAUAAUGAGAAAGCCACAGACCAGAGUGAGCUCUAUGGGACGGCCCCAGAGCUGUUGCGGCUCCCAGAGGUGCUGUGGUCGGGCUCCCCAAAGGGAGACAUUUACAGCUUUGCCAUUCUGAUGAGGGAGCUGAUCCACCAGCAGGACUGCGGGCCUUUCGAUGACCUUGAUGAGGCACCAAAAGAGAUCAUCAGCCAAAUCAAAGAGCCCACAGCAUCAGUUCCACUUUGACCUUCCCUGGCAGAGGAGAAGGCAUGCAGUAAAAAGAUCGUGGUCAUGGUGAGGGUGUGUUGGGAUGUCUCCAGAGAAAAGGCCCACUUUCGCUUCCAUCAAGAAAUUUUACGUGAAGCCUGUCCCAAAGGCCAUGUGAACAUACUAGACAAUAUGAUGAGCAAGCUGGAAGCAUAUGCCAAUCACCUGGAGGAGGUGGUGGAAGAGAGGACCAACUAGCGGAUGGCAGAGAAGAGGAAGGUGGAUAAGCUUCUGUCCACAAUGCUGUCCAGCUUCACUGGAGAACAGCUCAGAGCUGGAAGUUCUGUGGAACCAGAAAAUUUUAAGUCCGUGACAAUCUUUUUCUCUGACAUUGUUGGAUUCACAAAACUGUGUUCUCUCAGCUCCCCCUUGCAAGUUGUAAAGCUCCUUAAUGACCUGUACAGUUUAUUCAAUCACAUCAUUAAAACUUAUGAUGUGUAUAAGGUUGAAACCAUUGGAGAUGCAUACAUGGUGGCUAGUAGACUUCCCAUCCACAAUGGAACCCAACAUGUGGGCGAGAUUGCCACAAUGUCCUUGCAGUUUCUCAGAGCCAACAUUCACUUCCAGAUUGGGCACAUGCCUGAAGAGAAGCUCAAGCUUCGAAUUGGCCUCCACACAGGCCCUGUGGUGGCUGGCGUGGUGGGAGUCACCAUGCCUAGAUACUGUCUGUUUGGAGACACUGUGAACAUGGCAUCCGGAAUGGAAAGUAGCAGUUUGCCUCUCCGGAUUCACGUCUCUCAGAGCACUGCAGGUGCCCUGCUGGCGCUGGGAGGGUAUGAUCUGCAGAAGAGAGGCACCACUCCAGUCAAGGGGAAAGGAGAACAAACAACUUUCUGGUUGAAAGGCAAAGCAGGCUUCACUAUUCCACUCCCUGAAUUUACUGAGAAAGAAGCUAAAUUCCCAGAGAUCUUCUGAGGUGAGUGUCUUUUCUGAAGAUGUCUGUGGGGUCUCAGGAAAGUCUGUGAGGUGCGUUAA